AUGUACCAAGGGAUCAAGAUGAAGCCAUUUCGACCCCUUGAUUGUCAUUCGCAAGCCAUCGAGAUGAUUCCGCUCCGAUUUUUGCUAUUUCCAGCGCUAAGUACAUCGUACGCAGUCGCCGUCAAGGUGAGUGUCUGCCAAGAUGCCACGUACGACAUUUCAGUGGAUACCACGGCGUUAUGUUCCGGCGCAGGCUCCGAGCCCGCGGGCCAGAGCUGUCCUCAAAAGGGCGACGUGGCUGUGGCCGACUGCCUUUCGACUCUUGCAUCGUUUGGAAGCGGGAGCUGUGUGGCGCCAGAGGAUGCUGUGUGUAAACUGGUGAAUAAAGACACGUGGGGAUGUGUGCUUCCUUCUGUGGGAUGCAAUGAUGCACCGACGGAAGCAGUGGUGGAGAGCUCGUGCGAGACGUGGGACUACAGUGGCGACGUCUCAGGCGAUAAGUUUGGGUCUUUCGAUGGCAAUGAGGACUAUGACGAGAGCUGGUUCACGAAGACGACAAAGCUGCACGAGCUCUACGACUGUGGGAUCGCGCCCACGCCCGCACCGACGGCUGCGACACCUAUGCCGACAUCAGCAGCUACGGAGACUAGUACGACGGAAACGCCGACUCAGACGACUACGUCUGCAGCUUCGGACAGCAAUGAUGGAAUGACCGAGUCGAAGACGCCGACACCGUCUCCUACAAAGGAGAAUGUUGCUAAGACAGAGACAGAGCUAGCACCAACAAUGACUCCGACAUCAAUGCUGACCAAUACGUCGCUGACUCCAAAGCCAGCAGUGAAUAUGACUUCGGUGUCUGCGGAGUGUAAUGAGUCGUCAAGCGACAAGGUUGGCGUUGGAUUGAAAGCUAAUAGCGAGCCAGCAGAUGGAGACGAGGACAGCAGGGCUAGAACCUCGACAAAGGUGACGCUUGCGGCUGCCGAUGCUGUGAUUUCGAAGGGGUUUAGUGAUGAGACGCUGACGGUGAUUGCAGGUAUGAUGGCCUUUGCUGCUGUCGUUGUGGCUGCCAUCGCGGUAGUAUACGCUAGGAAAAGGCUCGUGAAGGAAGAUGUGGAAGAAGAAGAAGAAGACGAAGAAGAAGACGAUGGUGACGAGAAGAACGAGAACGAGGACGUGGACGUGGAAAAAAAGAGUCAAGAAUCGUCUUUGGUAGCCCCAUCGACGCCUGCGGUCAUGGCGGGGCAUCUAGCAACCACACCUCCAGUGGCUACGGCAAAGGCGACGCUAACAAUGAUCACAUCGGAGGCAAGCACUACAGAGAUUUCAGUGACGACGACAUCAUGCGACAUGACAUCUGAGACCGUCGAUAAUGCAAGCAAUGGUCACGCAGACGACGGCGGGAGCUCAGACGCGGCUUCUUCAUAG